GGGCUGACGUGCUGAGCGCGACCCGGGCUGGCUCCGGGCGGUGGCGGGAGCGGCGGCUGUGACGGCUUAUUGCAGGAGGGACCAGGACACUGCCUUCUGGAAGUAAUGCCCACAGAAAGCGGGAGCUGUUCCACUGCUCGCCAAGCAAAGCAGAAGCGCAAAUCACACAGCCUUUCCAUACGGAGAACCAACAGCUCAGAGCAGGAGCGGACGGGGCUGCCACGAGAGAUGUUGGAAGGACAAGAUUCUAAACUGCCUUCUGCGGUUCGAAGUACACUUCUGGAACUGUUUGGUCAAAUAGAAAGAGAAUUUGAAAACCUUUAUAUUGAAAACUUAGAAUUGCGUAGAGAAAUUGAUACCCUUAAUGAACGUUUAGCUGCUGAAGGACAAGCGAUUGAUGGGGCAGAACUGAGUAAGGGCCAGCUUAAGACAAAAGCCAGUCACAGCACUAGCCAGCUCUCUCAGAAGCUGAAGACCACCUACAAGGCUUCCACCAGCAAGAUUGUCUCCAGCUUUAAGACCACCACGUCUAGGGCUGUUUGCCAGCUUGUGAAGGAGUACAUCGGGCACAGGGAUGGCAUCUGGGAUGUCAGUGUGGCCAGGACACAGCCUGUGGUACUCGGGACUGCGUCUGCUGAUCACACGGCUUUGCUGUGGAGCAUAGAGACAGGGAAGUGCCUUGUCAAAUACACAGGCCAUGUGGGUUCGGUAAAUUCUAUAAAAUUUCAUCCCUCAGAGCAGUUGGCUCUCACUGCUUCUGGAGAUCAGACUGCUCAUAUUUGGCGAUAUGCGGUGCAGCUGCCAACUCCUCAGCCUGUUGCCGACACCAGUCAGCAGAUGUCUGGAGAGGAUGAAGUAGAAUGCUCUGACAAGGACGAGCCUGAUGCUGAUGGAGACACGUCCAGCGACUGCCCCACCAUCCGGGUCCCACUGACAGCACUCAGGAGCCACCAGGGAGUGGUCAUAGCUGCUGACUGGUUGGUUGGGGGCAAGCAGACUGUCACGGCCUCCUGGGACAGGACAGCCAACCUGUAUGACGUGGAGACGUCUGAACUUGUGCAUUCUCUGACAGGGCACGACCAGGAGCUAACGCACUGUUGCACACACCCUACCCAGCGGCUCGUGGUGACCUCCUCCCGCGACACGACUUUCCGUCUCUGGGACUUCAGGGACCCUUCUAUCCACUCCGUGAAUGUUUUCCAGGGACACACAGACACUGUGACCUCUGCUGUGUUCACCGUGGGGGACAAUGUUGUUUCGGGCAGCGACGACCGCACAGUGAAAGUGUGGGACUUAAAAAAUAUGAGAUCCCCAAUUGCAACUAUUCGCACAGACUCUGCCAUUAACAGGAUCAAUGUAUGUGUUGGCCAAAAAAUUAUAGCCCUCCCCCAUGACAACCGACAAGUGAGAUUGUUUGAUAUGUCAGGAGUGCGGCUAGCACGGCUUCCCCGGAGCAGUCGGCAGGGCCACAGAAGGAUGGUGUGCUGCUCAGCAUGGAGUGAAGACCACCCCAUAUGCAAUCUGUUUACCUGCGGGUUUGACAGGCAAGCCAUCGGUUGGAACAUCAAUAUCCCUGCCUUGUUACAGGAGAAAUAAGGGCGCCCUGUUCCUAGUUCCCUCGUUUGCCAUGGACCUUUGCCUGGUGUGGGCUUUCUGAAGUUAAUCAGCCAUUUUUGUGAGAGUCUGACCCUGGGAAGGGUGCCUCGUAUGUGCUCUUUCACGUUGUACCCUGCUUGCAUGAAGUGUACAGAAAGACGUAUGAUCCUGUUUUUAUUUUUGUCCUGUGUGUGUACAUUGGCAUCCUCUGGUCAGUAGAAGUGAAUCUCACCUACCAUGUAGCACAGAAGAUGCUGUGAGUUGUUGACAUUGGCAGAUGGACAGUCGGGCAUUACAUUUGUGUGAAUUAAAUGUGAACCUGUGUACCUAUUGUGAGGCACAAGCAGUCUGUUGCAUUUUCUGGAAUAAUUGUACGUAUCUACCUUGUACCGGGAAGAUUGCAGAGUUGUGUUUGUGUUGGCUAAUGAAUGACAGGAAAGAGCAAAGAUUUCAUGUUUACUUCUGUAUGACGUUUUAGCAUGUGCUGUUUUGUAAUUCAACCUCACUUCUGAUUUCUGUUACAGUUCUGUAAAUAUAACCUGGAUUUUAGAAGUUAAAAAAAAUAGCACAGAAUGUUGAGUUUGCAACGUUUGGAGAGUUUCUUUUGAAAAGAAAAGGUUUCUGUUCUUUUUAUAGAAAAUCAUUUCAAUCUCCUGAGGUCUCGUACUAGCAAAUUCUAAAGUAUAAUGAUUCUAAUCACUAAUUUCAGAUAUUAAGCAAAAUGUAAAGCACUUUAGUUUAUAGCUAUGGUUAUAAACAGUUUUUAGAAGGUUCAAAUGACUUAUCCACUAAAUGUGACUUGACCUUUAUAUACGAAGGCCUUGCUACCUGAAAACAAACUUUUAUUUCCUGUCUACAUCUUUGGUUUGCAUAUUUCUAGAUGGAUUCACUUCCUUGGUGGUAUUUGAGAGCCAACAAUGCACAUGAAUGAGUACUACCUCAAAAACAAAUAUUUGGAAAACUUUGGAGUCUCACAGUUGCCUAGCUGAAGCACUUUUGAUUUGUAGUUGGAAUACCGAGCUCAAUUCAGAACGAAGACAGAUAGUUGUAUCAAAUGUAUCCUGGAGGUAGAAGCUCCUUCAGUUAGGCUGGUCAGGUGAUAACCUUAAGAAAUAGCGGGAAGUAGCAAGAUGCUGUUGUCAUGAGUAGCUGGGAUACCUCUCAGUGCCAAUCCUACUACUGCUUGAGUGAGCCUGUUGCUCUUGCCUUCUCAGAAAUUGCUGUUCAUCUGAUAUUUGUAAGUUAAUGUUUCUUGUUGAGUACAGUUUUGAUAAAGAGACAUCUCAGUUACUGCUCCUCAUAUUUUCAGUUCUUUAAAUACAUGUUUGCAAGCUGAUCACGUGGAGAGACAUAGGAGGGUAAUAUCUAAAACCUCCAUGGUGCCCUCCCCAGUCCCAUGAUUUCACUUGUUUUGUGGGGAUGUGGGCAGCACCUGAGCUGCUGCCUGAUAGGUAGCCAUUUGGUAAGAUGUAGUGCUGUCCCUCGGAGAGCUUACAGAGUGAGAAGUGCCUCAUUGUUGGCACCGUUUACCUGGGUCCUGCAGGAGCUGAUCUUAGGAAGUUCAGAUCUAAGCCAUGCAGAAUGCUUCCGCAGUGGCUGACAGCUGGUAGAGAAGGAGGGACCCAGGGAUAUCCCACGACAACGUAGUACAGGGGGGAGGUUGCUGACUGUAGGACAAACAACAAGUGCUUUGGAGUAAUUUGAUUUUUGAAGCUCAAAAAUUUGCCGCAUUUUUAAAGUCCAACUCUUUUACCAGACUGCACUUUUUGAGAAUUGGAGUCAGGCUGGUCUCUAUGGUUGAUCAGGAUUUUACGUUUCAACUCCUGCUGUCUGGAGCACAGUUUGCUCAAUGGAUCCUGUAUGCUAUCAUGGUAUUAGCUGUGGCCUGGCUUUGCCUUACAGCGAGAGGCCUGAUGGCCACACCCUCCCAUUCCUGCACCUGACUCCAGUACCCGACUCCAGUGCAAGUGGUGUGUGCUGAGUUCUCGGGUUCCUCAUAUUUUAAUUUGAAAGUCUAGGUGUCUUAGAGUGAUUGUUAGGAACAUUGAAAAAUGCUUACAGAUAGCCAAAUCAAACUUAAGAACCAGAUCUCUACCGGAGUAAAAAGUUUUGAAGCUUUUAAAAAUAUAUAUAUAUUCAUGAUGGCCAUUUAGGUCUGUGCAGUCUAGUGGCCUUCACUGCCAGUAGCUGCUCUUCUUCUCAUGAACUGGAGGGCCCCCCAUCCCAGACACCAGAAAUGAGGCUCCUCAACUCAUUCUGUGAGAGUAGGAGACCACAGGGUGCUCGGGCAGACUUCUGGGGAGCAGGGCAGCACUGACUGUCAACCACUGUGUCGCCUGUCAGUGUGACCUCACCCCACUGCUGCUGUGGCCUAGUGUUGGUCCAGAGUCACAAAGGAGAUUGGGGAUAGUGUGCACGUGUGUAUGUGUGUGUAUGUGCAUGUGUGGCUAGCAUUAUCAUGUUGUCAACUACAUGUAAUCUCAUUUGAAUGAGUGUUUGGAAAUGGGGAUGGUUUUGUUCUCUGUGCUGAUAUGUCCAGAAUUUCAUUUAAUAAUGGAAGGAAAACAGUGGUUACUGAACGACGUGUGUUGACAUAGAAUCUCGUAUAAGAGAGAUGCUGUAAAAGGCAACACUGCACAUCAGUGUCUGUAGAGUCAAAAAUUCUGUACAUAUUUUGGAAUCUGAAGAAUUCUGUGUAAAUCAUUUGUUACUUAAAUCUGUGAAAAAUAAGUUUCUUUGGAGGAAAAAUUAUGCAUUUGUAACUGUUAUAUGGAAUCACUUGUUUUUAUUGUAUUGAUGUAAUUGUUUUUAAGUGUUCAGUGUCUUCAUUGUAAUAUGAAAUUCAUUAAAACAUUCAUAUUCCAUGAUUACUAUUA